CCAGCACAUCGUCUGCCGCAUCUGCCAGCAGCACCCUCGUUCCCAACACUUCUCCUCCUCGUUCCAUCACAUCUAAUUCAACAUCAUCUAGCAACCAAAGUACCUCGAAAUAGAGUUCGCGCAGGAAGAACCGCUCGAUGGGCAUUGCGAGCGUUGAGGCGUUCAUUUCGCCCAUCCCAGCUUACACCGACGAAGAAGACGACGCCACAGAGCAUGAAGAGAACCUAACCCAUAUUGUGGGCGACAGAGGUCUAGGCUGCUUACUGGUCAUCUGCGAUGACGACGGCACUGCCUUGUCUACGCCCGAUGCAACGACGUAUAUAUUCUCUGUCACGUUCUCGCCCACGAUCAUGCUUCUGAUCGGGAGGUUCACAAUCUAUUCGGCUCUGAGCAAAGCCAACAUAUACCGGAUUCUAAUUACAAGUGUUCUGAGCCUCGCAGGUUCAAAACUUAGUUCGGUGCUUCUUAACUUUAUAGGUGUCUAUUGUUUUGCGAGUUUGUGGAUCAGCACCAACACUGUCCUUCACUCUCAUCCGAAACAUUGCCACCUGGCUCGUCUUUUGCGCCAGCGCUAUUCGUUCGUUAUCCUCCAGAACGUAUUCCUCCCCUCAGAAAUGAACCAGCUCGUCGUGCCUCUUGAUGGCGCCGACAUCGUUGGAAAUCUCAAGGAUUCCGAUCAUGUUCUAACACACCUCACACCUUCUGUCCACGGACUCUACCGUGCCAUCACUUCUACUCUCUACCCAUGGACCGCCUCUCAACGGCACCUCCUUUCCGCAUCCCUCAAAUCCCUUGUUGCAAUACCUGAAUGCCGACUGAUGUACCUACAGCCAAAGAGAACCUCGUGUAAUGCGGAUGUGUUGGAGUUACUGCAGAUUAUGGUAGAUGACGUUUCGGCUGUAUUGUAA